AUGCCCGCAGAAAAUGGAAAGCAUUUUGACUUCAUCGUUGUCGGCGGAGGCACAGCAGGCAACAUGCUCGCCAGCCGUCUAGCAGAAAACCCCCGCGUCAGCAUUCUGAUCAUCGAAGCCGGAGUCGGCAACGCAAUCAAUCUCCCGGAAAUCAGAACCCCAUCCGGAGCAAUGGAGUUACGAAAUAGUAAAUACGACUGGGCCUAUAAAACGACGCUGAUCAAACGCGACGAUUACGAGCGCGUAGAAAAACCCAAUACCCGCGGAAAGAUCAUCGGCGGAAGCUCCUCGAUCAAUUAUUUUACCUGGGCGCCUGGCAGCAAAGGCACAUUCGAUAUGUGGGAAGAAUACGGCGGUAAAGAAUGGACGUGGGAUAAUCUCCUCCCUUACCUCCGGAAGAGUGCGACCUAUCACGACGAUAACGGUCUGCAUGCGCCGGAGUUGAAGAAGAUCGGGAGUGGGGGUCCGAUCAAGGUUUCGCACUCUGAGCUGAUUCCUGAGAUGGCGCCGUUUCGGGAUCUGUUGACGAGAGGGUGGUUGUCGACGGGGAAGCCUGUUACGGAGAAUAUCUUUGAUGGCGAAAUGCUUGGCUUGACGCACAGUGUGAACACGAUUUAUAAAGGGCAGCGGUCUGGGAGUUUCCUGUGUCUUGAAAACAAGCCGAAUAUCACUGUCUCAACUCUGUGUCACUCCAAGUGCCUAAUCAUUGACAAGGCUGACCGCUCCUGUAAGGGGGUGACUGUGAUAAGUUCAUCUGGGGAAGAGCUCAGUUACUAUGCGAAUCGGGAAGUCAUUGUUUCCGAGGGUGUUUUCGAAAGUCCCAAGCUGCUCAUGCUCAGCGGGAUUGGGCCGAAGCAUGAAUUGGAGCGCCAUGGCAUCGAUGUGGUGGUUGACUCACCGCACGUCGGCCAACAUCUGCUAGAUCACCCCGGCGUGCCCUUUGUUCUUCGAGUCAAAGACGGGUACGGGAUGGAUGAGCACAUUCUGCGACCUGGAACCAAGCGCAACGAUGCCAUAAUCACGUACAAGGAAAGCUUUGGUGGACCCAUGGCAUCUGGGUUCCUGGAGAUGGUCGGGUUCCCACGCAUCGACGAGUAUCUUGAAAAAGAUGCGCAGUACAGAAAGGCGAAAGCCGAGAAUGGCGGGAUCGAUCCCUUCUGCCCGUACAACCAGCCUCAUUUCGAGCUGGACUUUGUGUAUAUGUUCGGUAGUGCGUUCCAGUGGCAUUUUCCGACUCCAAAAGAGGGCAAUUAUAUCACUGUCAUGGUUGAUCUUGUUCGUCCCGUGUCGGAAGGUGGUGAAGUGACGCUCAACAGCACUGAUCCUCUUCAACAAGCUAAUAUCAAUCUCGAUUAUUUCAACAAUGAGCUCGAUGUCAUCGCUAUUCGGGAGGGGAUCCGGUUCAGUUAUGAUGUUUUGAAGAACGGAGAAGGGUUCAAGGAUAUCAUUGUGGAUGAGUAUCCGUGGGAAAUGCCCCUGGAUGAUGAUGAAUUGAUGAGGCGGACUGUGUUGGACCGGUCUCAGACUUCAUUCCACCCCUGUGGGACUACCCGGUUGUCAAAGAAUAUCGGCCAGGGCGUCCUUGAUCCCGCUCUGAAAGUGCAUGGAAUCAAGAAUCUGCGGGUUGUUGAUGCAUCUGUGAUGCCUGUUAUCCCGGAUUGUCGAAUUCAAAACUCGGUGUACAUGGUGGCUGAGAAGGGGGCUGAUUUGAUCAAAAGCGACCACGUUGAUUUGUUUCCCUGA